AUGAACGACCGGGAAAGGAAACGAGGCCCAGAUGAUGCGUUGAAUCAGUUGUUUGACCGUCUGAUCGGCGACGAGGACCGAGCAGCAGCAGGAGCCGGCAAAACUGUCGACGCCAUUGACGCCGAAUCCGCCCAAGCCUACAUCUCUUCCAUGGGCGCCAACAUCGAAAACGUCGAAGCUUUCGUGGUCCUCGAGAUCGUCCGCGCCGACUCCAUCGGCCAAAUCUCGCGCCAAGGUUUCGUCGACGGCUGGUCCUCCAUCUACCUCGACCACCGCAUUCCCGCCGACCCGGCCCACCACAGGAACUACGUCCAGAUGUGCAUCCAAAACCUGCCCCAAAAUCCGGCUUACUUCAAAAAGGUCUACCAGUUCGCUUUUGGCUUGGGUAAGGAACCUGCCCAAAAGGCGCUGGAGAAGGACGUUGCUUUGGUAUUCUGGGAUUUGUUCUUGGGUACCGAGUCGUCAGACACACCAGGACCGCGGCCGUGGAAGAGCAAGAACGUGGAUUGGCUGGGUGCGUGGAAGCGGUUCCUGGCGGAGAAGUGGACGAGGAGCGUCAACAAGGAUAUGUGGAACCAGAUGCUGGCGUUUGCGGAGAAGACGAUGGUGGAUGAGACGCUCGGGUUCUGGAACGAGGAUCAGGCGUGGCCGGGCGUUAUUGAUGAUUUUGUGCUUUGGUGUAGGGAGGAGGGGAUUGCGAAGGCCCCUACCCCCGGGACAGGAGGAGGGGAGGGGAUGGAUGUUGAGGAUUAUUAG